CCUUAUUGUCCAUUUCACUGCUCUACCAGUCUGCAGCUGUCAGGCAUCCCAAUCAGCGGCACUGAGAUGGUGAACAGAUAUGACCGGUUGGUGAGCGAGUGGAUUUGAGCAGCACUCAUCAUGCACAGAGGGGUUGACUGAAGUUUGUAUUUUGAUUGAUCUGACCGGAAAUUAUACAGCAUCUUUUAUUAAAGGAAAACAAACUGAUAAAAUUACCUGUUUGAACCCUGUAAGAGUAUUUUUUUGUAGGUGCUGUGGCUGGCGCUUUCAUCAGUCCUUGUCGUUAUGGCAACAAUGACAGAACCUUUCAAAGGCAAAGAUAUUAGUAGUGAAAGGAAAGGAAGAGUCACACAUAAAUAGAGGGGGCCCGAUGGAGGAGGACUAUGAGAAGAGCAUUAAUGCCAUGGUGAUGCAGCUACUGAACAACUUGGCUCUAUCUGGCAGCAAGUGCGAGGUCAAUCUGCGGCUCUGGAUGUCCAACAGGAGAAGCCUCUCUCCCUGGUCCUACAGAGUAAAUCGCGAUGAAACCAGAAUCCCAAUAGACAUACCCGAAGCCCACUGCCUCUGCUCCGGAUGCAUCAACCCCUUCACAAUGCAAGAGGAUCGGAUGAUGACGAGCCUCCCAAUCUACACAAAAAUCCCUGUGAAAAGACAGUUCUGCGACGGUCCAAAAACAGGUACAAAACAAGGGAGGAGGAGGAGGAAGAAGAAAUGCAACCUGAAAUAGAACAUAGCGAUUGGCUAUACAUGCAUCUUUUAA